CUCAGAGCUCUACAGCUUUCUUAAUUAUCUUUUACAGUGCGUGUACAUCAGAAUUGGGUUCGUUUUGACUGUGGUUUUCUUCGGAUAAGUAUCGUCGGGGAUAGGUUUUCCAGUAUUCUAUUGCUUUCUUGUUGUAGUGCUUCCAUUCCUAGGCAGAAAAAGUGUAGCAUUUAUCGAGCAGACGGUCUGCUAAUCGAAUUAUAUAAGUAUAAAGGAUACCGAUAUUUGUAGGGACUAGAGUUAGGCCAGCCCCAUAACUGAUUAGCAGGGUCGACCAAAAGUACGAUGCUUCUGAACCGAAAUAAGUUUGGUGGAAUAAGACCGUCUAAGAUACUAAGGUUGGAUAAAAUGGACGCACCGGCUACCUCUGACAUUUGCAUCAUCAGUGGCAACUCUCAUCCGGACUUGGCGAAUUUGAUUUCCAGCCGUUUGGGUGUCAAGAAUGGUGGUUGCUCGGUUUACCACAAAACCAAUCGUGAAACCAUGGUUGAAAUAGGAGAUUCCGUACGUGGAAAAGAUAUCUACAUUAUUCAAACUGGUACUAAAGAUGUCAACAACAGCAUCAUGGAACUGUUGAUCAUGGCAUACGCAUGCAAAACUUCGUCAGCUAACUCCAUCGUGGGUGUGAUUCCAUACCUACCAUAUUCCAAGCAAUGCAAAAUGCGCAAACGAGGUUGCAUCGUGUCGAAACUGCUGGCCAGAAUGAUGUGCACUUCCGGGUUGUCUCACAUCAUCACGAUGGAUCUGCAUCAGAAGGAAAUCCAGGGCUUCUUUGACUGCCCGGUGGACAACCUUCGAGCUUCACCGUUCUUGCUCCAGUACAUCCAGGAGAGCAUCCCAGAUUACCGGAAUUCGGUCAUUGUGGCGCGUAAUCCAGGUUCUGCCAAGAAGGCAACAUCGUAUGCUGAACGUCUUCGACUGGGAAUUGCCGUGAUCCACGGUGAGCAGAAGGAGUCCGAAACGGACGAGGUAGAUGGACGUAACUCGCCUCCAUUGCUGCCCAAGUCACGUACAAUGGAUGUAUCCGGAGGAGUGCCAGUUCACCCAGCCAAGGAGAAGCCUCCGAUCAACGUGGUGGGAGAUGUUGGCGGGCGGAUUGCCAUCAUGGUGGAUGAUCUCAUUGACGACGUUCAGUCGUUCGUGGCUGCAGCUGAGGUCCUCAAGGAAAGAGGUGCCUACAAAAUCUAUGUCAUGGCCACACAUGGUUUGCUCAGCCAAGAUGCUCCAAGGUUGAUUGAAGAUUCACCUAUUGAUGAGGUUGUCGUUACCAAUACCGUUCCACACGAGAUUCAAAAGAUGCAGUGUCAUAAGAUCAAAACGGUUGACAUCAGCGUUCUUUUGGCAGAGGCAAUCCGUCGCAUGCACAACAAGGAAUCAAUGUCAUAUUUGUUUAAAAAUGUUACCCUCGAGGACUAGACGAAUCUAUUCUACUUUCAAUAAAAAGCCAAAUUUAAGGAAAAAAU